UCAGCUUUUGGGGAAUUGGAUUGUAUAUUUCAGAAAUACGUGUAUUACAGACGUAUAUAGUGAGUUGUGUGUGAGGCUGGACAAUUAGAAAGGAGAAAAGAACUUGUAACGAUUGGUUAAGCAGAGAGGUCGAGCUGGAUGGGAUUUAGUUGUUAAAGAUAGAGAUAGAAAAGUACUAAUGAGUAAAGAGAAAGUUCUUAGACUUAGAGGUGGUGAUUAAGGAAGAAAAUGCGUGAGAUAGGAGAAUAGUUAGUGAAAGUCAGUAGGAGCAAGACAGAAUACAUGUGUGUGAAUCAGAGGCGGGUGUAACAGUGAAGCUGCAAAUGCUAGAGGUUGUGAAAGUGGAUGGGUUCAAAUACCUGGGAUCAACCAUCCAAACUAAAGGACAAUGCUCUAAAGAGGUGAAAAAGAGAGUGCAGGCAGGGGAGUGUUGGUGGAUACAAGUGUCAGGGCUGAUGAGUAACAGAAAAAAAGCAGCAAGAAAGAUUUACAAGGUGGUGUGGCACUUACAAAAAUACAGGAGGCAGCGAUGAAUAUCCAAAGUAUAUAAGACAUCCAAGGCCUUAUAUACCAAGAAAGGGCUCCUCAGUGUAUAAGGCCUUUGAUGUCUUUACACGUUGGAGCCUUUUAGAUUCUAAAUUCUCUGAGGGCCAUAAGGAUAAAAAGGAUAAGUGGAUGUCAAAAACAGACACAAGCAAAGAAACGAUGAGCUACAUUUUCAGGAGGCCAUUUAAUGUUUUUCUGCUUUUAGAUAUAUGGAUAAAUAUAUACUUUUUCUGAACAAAGUUCAAGAUACAAGGGACAUUUGCCUCACAUACAAUGAGAGACUUGAUCUAAACUUAACUGAUAUUAAGUUUAGAUCAAGUGACAGAAAAUGCAGAAGUGAGAGGGCUGAGCAUCUCACUUCCAGGUAGCACUUCUUGUCAGUAAGGUUGGUUUCAACUGCCGGUGUAUGACCCAUCAGCUCAAAGCAGACUCAAGCGCAGAGGCGAGAGAAUAUAAUGUUACCAGGGUUUUGUUACCAGGAAGUGGGUCGAGUUAUUUAUAUUUCAACGCUCGUCCUCUUGUUCAUGAGGGAGAACCGGUGGUAGUAACCUGAAACUAUACAUUCAAACAUUGUCUGGAUCUGGAGGAGAACAAUCGGCUUCACGAGCAGGAAUGACAGGAAUCAAAGAAAAUAUGUGCGAAUGUAAUUAAGGUAAAGUCCACGCGAGAGGGCAAACUGACCCCGUGAGCGAUUUAUCAUUGGCAGGGGUGUUGUGAUGAAGCUUCAUGAGAAGAUUUUAACCCAUUACCUCUCGUGUACAUCUCCAGUGGAUAAAGAGGGAUAUCUCAACAAAAGGAAAAAACGAAAUGACACCUACCACCGGCGGUGGUUUGUCCUGAAGGCAAACUUGCUUUUUUACCAGGAGCGCCCAGCUGACAGACACCUGCUGGGUGUCAUUGUGCUGGAAGGGUGUGCUGUUCAGCACUCGGAGACCGAUGGACAUUUUACCUUCUCCCUGGUGUUUGGGCCUGGACUCAAAACCUACAGAUUUGCAGCAAUAGAUCGCCAGGGUCAAGAGAGUUGGGUGAAAGCUCUCCACUCAGCCAGCCACUGUUACCUCUCCAUGGUGGUGAAAGACCUAGCGAGACAGUAUGAAGAAGCUAAGCGGCAGCAAAGCCUGGGUGAGUCCCACCCCUCUGUCAGUGCCCUCAAGCUGCCCACAAACAGCUUCUUAUUCACCACAAUGCAGCAAACAGCAGUAGUCAGAGAGGGGAGGAGCUUCAGUGCCAGCACCCUUUUACAAGCACCUUCCAUACCAGCUAAAGUAGUGGCAAAAAAAUCCCCCAAACUCUGGACCAGGAGACAUGCUUGUGUCACACCUCUUAAUGGACCAGCACCUUUGUAUGGGGAGUGGCCUUUGGUGGGAUUUGACCUGUUCGAGGAUUUUAGCAAACUCCAUGAUUAUUACGGCCAGGAAGUGAAGAAAGUGCGAGAGGACUGGCUGAAAAGUCGGCAAAAAGAAGAGGACCACACUGAUCAAGAUCUUAUUGACCUGGGGUGAAAGAAAAAAGAGUUUAGUGUUUCCUUAGGAGGAACUGAGAUGGGGUGAGUCAUGUGUGUCAAAGAGGAAGCGGGCCUGUUUUAGUAUUUUGACAUUUUUGGCAGACACCUGACAUCUGUCUGAUCAACGCCGGUCAUUUUUAGAUUAGCUUUAAACUCUUUGCAGAAAGUUCAGAUUUUCUAGAUUCUGUGAAGAAAACACACUGGAAUGUAAAGCAGGGUAGAUGCUGUUCAAAGGGGCCUUUUCUUUUUAUAUUUUAUGGCAAUAUUUUACACCUGUGAUUUUCUUGCUGUGGGACGCCCACCAUGAUGCAGUGUUAAAUAAAAGAGUAUUAUAUGAAAUUCACUGUACGAUCAAAUAAAACAUGUCUAUUGUU